AUGCUAGUUUCAAACCUGCCCUUUGAAAUCAUACGCAAAAUUGCAGACUUCCUUGACACGAGUGACAAAUCCCAAGCCAGUCUUUGUUGCAAAGCAUGGCAGAUACCUCUUCAAGAGUCCAUGUGGACACACAUGACGAUCGACGAUGACCAAAGACUAGGGCGGAUAUGCGAUCCAGGAAGCUUAGAGAACAACUUAUACAAACACUAUGGGCAUCAUGUACACACACUCCAUAUCGACUUUCCAGGCUCAAUAUAUUCCAAGAUCUUGGCUCUCCAAAAACUCUUGCCGAACUUGCGACAGCUUCGCGCCGAAUUCAGAGCAAAAAACGACGAAGUUUUCCAGGAAGUCAUGUAUUCUGAAAAUGCUGUCGACUGCAGUCUGUGGCGAUCCCUUACAGAUGUGUCAAUAAACCUAAAGUAUUCUUACUUGCAACGUGGAAUAGAAGAAUUUUACCCAAUCAUAUAUUCACUACAUGGCUUAAAAUCAUUGUCUCUGGAUCAAGACUGUUUCGUGAAUCUGCUCGCUCUCACAUUUGACAAGCUCGAGCUUAUCCACAGCCAUCUACCCAAGCUGGAAGAAUUACACAUAAACACAGAGCCGGUUGCUAUCAGUCCAGAAAGGCUGAGCGAUAUAUCCAGAUUGACGCCAGUGACCCAUCUAAGAGUUCUAGACUUCAGAAUCAAGAAUUCGGUUCACAGAUGGCUGUAUUACCUGGCCGUCAAAUAUCCAAAUCUUCGCGCUCUCAAAACCCUAUAUUUUACCAGUGAAUUCAGUAAAGAGCACAACUAUUCAAAUAUGAACCUUACCAAUAUUCCAUUUGCUUUUAUAAAAUUGCAAGAAAUCCAUGUCAAGAUCAUUCUUUCAGCAUUACGAGCAUACCUUGAUGUUUGGAAACAGCUCCGGCUACUCAACAGAUCAGUCAAACGAAUACACUAUGAAAUUGAUCACGAUAUGGACGGUCAGGACGGAAUCUCAGAUCUUAUAAAAAGCUGUAUGGGGUCAUUUUCAAGUACACUUGAAUCCGUCACCGUAAUAACUCACUUCCACUGCAACAUGGAUCUGUCUUUAACUACAUCCCUCGAAUACUACCCUUGCCUUGUCGAGAUUCAUAUUGCUAUAAUCGGAAUCACUAUCGAACUGGACAUUCUCUUAGACCGCUGCCCUGUUCUGGAAAAACUCUCUGUAUAUGAUUCGACACUUCUCCUUAGUAAUGACGUGUGUUCCAGCUCAAAGAAGCAUGGAUUAUGCAUGUUUGUGUUACGCCAAGGGCAGAUAGAUGUUGGCACAUUGAAUUAUUUAUCGAUUCGUUGCAGAAACCUCGAUCACAUGGCUUUCUUAGAAGUUGCAAUUACGGGAGACAUUUCACAAAAGACAGGAAACAUAUGCGCCAACAUGUCCUACACACAUUUCAAGGUUCUUUGGCUCUUGAAUGUUCGGUUUCAGAUAUUAAACAACGACAAGAAUACCAACCUGAUUGCUUUAUCUCGACAUAAACCAAACACCUCAGUCCAGACCAAUAUUAAAAAAAAUACAGACCGCCUGGAUUGUAAAAGGAAUGAUGCAAAAGGGCCAAAGGAGUUGCUCUGGUUUUACAUUACCUACAAAGACGACGAACUUUAUUCGAAAAACAAUGUACAAAGACUAGAUAAAGUAGAAGCUAGACAGGCCGGAAAAUACUUUAGAAAUUACCAACGAAAAAAAGGUAUAGACCAAAAAGACCUCGUUUUUGAACCUGAACCUGGAUCUGGCUCUGACAAUACAAAGGAAAUGUGGAAAAAAAGUCUCCCUAAUGGUCAUGGUACGAUUGAAUGUGGUUCAAUAGCCGAAUACUAUCUAGAUGGGUAUCUGGAUAUAGAUUAUUACCGCCUGUACACACUUUUCAACAAUUCACCCUAG